ACCAUUUCCCGAGCCAAGACUAAACACUUUCGAGUGUUUUGGUCUAAACACCUUGAGGAUAAACACUAUCGAGUGUUUUGGUCCAAACACCUUGAGGAAGCUAAAAGAAAGCGGGACGCCCUUCGCAACACUGCUGAUCAGAAAAAGAGAGGGACGCUCUUUGCAACACUGCUGAUCAGACUGGAAGUGGGACUUCAUCUCUAUCAAAGUGAUGACCAACGCACUUUCAAAUUUCUGAGAAACCUCCAAAACAACAUCGACAAGUUCAUCUCAAAUAUCAACUAUCAAAGUGAUAGAAAAGUUCAUCUCAAAUAUCAACUACCAAAGUGA